AUGGGAAUCUUCUCCACGGCCCUCCCGGCCGCCGAGAGGGCUAAGACCCAGGCGCCGGACCUCCACGGGCUGUCCUUCUACGAGGAGCACCCCAAGGGCCAGAUCGAGCUCGAGGAGUUCGAGCGCCUCGCAGUCAACCGCCUGUUCGUCCUCAAGGGCAUAGAGGAGCUGCGCGCUUCCAACGCGUCCGAGGACCAGCUGCGCAAGAGGACGGAGGAGCUUCUCAAGAAGCACCUGGGCAUCACCAUGGCGCGUCCCGCGGGCUCCGCGGCGUCCGCGGUGGCCGAGGCCGUCGCCGAGGCGCGCCGCACGGACCUCAUCUCGCACUACAUCCUCCGCGUCGUGUACUGCCGCACCGAGGACCUCCGCCGGUGGCUCCUCGAGCAGGAAACCGCGCUGUUCCGUCGGCGCUUUGCGCGCCUGGAUGCCAUCGCGAAGGCGAGCUUUCUCGCCGUGCACGGCAUGCCGUACGAGACCGUCGACCGCGGGAGCUUCGACCGGCUCCGGGAGGACCUCCGCGCGGUCGCGGACAAGGUCGCGGUGGUGUCGGCGUCGCCGGUUGGCGAAGGGGGGGUGAAGAAGGUCCGUCUGACCGCGGAGCAGGAGGCGAUCGAGCGCGGCGCGCACGGGGACUUCUACAAGGUGCCCUUCACGGUCGUCCCGGAGCUCGUGCGGUCGCGGAGCGCGCUCGUCCGCGGCGGCUGGGCCUACGUGCACGUGUCGUCCGUCUCGGGCGUGGUCGCGCAGCACUUCCGCGCGCAGCUCUCGCGCGCGCUCGCCGUCAUGGGCAGCAAGUGGGUCCUCUCCGCGCGCGCCCGCGAGGCCGACCGGCUCGCGCCGAUCGUCGAGGGCCUCUCCCAGCGCUACCUGGGCGUGCAGUACGACUCGCGCGAGGCGCGCGCGGGCGGCGGCGUGCGCGCCAAGGACGUCGCGGCGCUCGCGCAGCGCGCGUUCCCGCUGUGCAUGGCCUCGGCGUACCAGCACGCGCACCGCGAGCACCACCUGAAGCACAACGGGCGGCUGCAGCUCUCGCUCUUCCUCAAGGGCGCGGGCAUGCCGCUCGAGGAGUGCGUGGCGUUCUUCCGCGCGGAGUUCGCGGCGAAGGCGCCCGGGGACAAGUUCGACAAGACGUACGCGUACAACCUGCGGCACAGCUACGGGAAGGAGGGCAAGCGCGCGGACUACAAGCCCUGGAACUGCCUGAAGAUCAUCAGCAUGGUGCCGGGGCACGGGGAGUGCCACGGGUGCCCCUACCGCACGCACGACGAAGCCAGCCUGCGCGCCGCGCUCGGACGCCUCAACGUCAACGCCACGAAGAUCGAAGAGGCGGUGCAGAAGGCCAAGGAUGGGCACUAUCAGAUAGCGUGCGGGAAGCACUUCGAGGGGGUGCACGGGGUGGACGUCGGCGGAAUCAGGCACCCGAACGAGUUCUUCGACCAGGCGUGGGCGCUGGACCACCCCGACGAGGCCGACGACCCGCCGGCGAACGCCGCGGCACCGUCGACGCCCGCCGCCGCCGUGCCGCCGCAGGCGAUCGCUGCCGGCGGCGCGGUGACGCCGCAGACGUGA